UGACCAAUCAUUUUGCUGGGAGCUCACAACACAGCAGCCCAACUGUACUUUGUUGGCUAGGAAGUUCGAGAAGGGGGUAGAGUACAAAUCUAGAUCUGUCCUAUAUAUUUUUUUUUUCCCUUCAUUGAACCGUGCUUUGUAUGAUGUCUGAGAAUGUCCAUUUCUGGGACUCUUAGCAAUUACUAUGUCGACUCUAUUAUAAGUCAUGAAAGUGAAGACUCGCCUUCAGCUAAAUUUUCAUCUGGGCAAUAUACGAGUUCCAGGCAAGCUGGGCACAAUGAACAUCUAGAAUUCCCCUCUUGUAGUUUUCAGCCAAAACCUCCUGUUUUCAGCGCCUCCUGGACUCCUUUGAAUCCACAUUCUUCUGGUACCCUUCCUGCCGUCUACCAUCCAUAUAUUCAACAUCAAAGCGUCCCAUCUGAUAGCAGGUAUCUACGGAGCUGGCUGGAUCCAGUGCCCAGAGCAGAGACCCUCCCCGGGCAGGGAUCUGUUAAGGCUGAGCCGCUGCUGGGCCGUCCCGGGGAUGUCCAUAAACAGGGAACACAGGAGUACAAUUUAGAAACUUCUGCUGCAAGGGAAGGGAUCGUUUCCAAUCAAAGGCCCAGCUUCGAGGACAAUAAAGUUUGUGAAGGAAGCGAAGACAAAGACAGAACAGAUCAAACCAACCCAGCUGCCAGCUGGCUGCACGCCCGCUCCUCCAGGAAAAAGCGAUGCCCUUACACGAAAUACCAGACCCUGGAACUAGAGAAGGAGUUUUUAUUCAAUAUGUACCUGACGAGGGACCGUAGACACGAAGUGGCCAGACUCCUCAACCUGAGUGAGAGACAAGUCAAAAUCUGGUUUCAGAACCGAAGGAUGAAAAUGAAGAAAAUGAACAAGGAGCAGGGCAAGGAGUGAAAAGCAGCAGAGCAGCACCCUCCCCUUCCUUCCCCCCCUUAACUCCCCCCAGCCCCCAGCUCCGAGCACCCGAGCUGCAGUGCUAACACACAACCCGAACCAAGGGGAAAACCUUCCCAAUUCCCCAUCUCCACCUUUGCAUGCGAGAUGUUGCUUAAUAUCCUUUUUAUCCUCUUAGCGUUGCCACGUAGGAGGCAACUUAGAGAAAAAAAUAGUGCAGUUCCUCUUUGGGGGGCACAUGCUGGGUUUUGUUUCUGUUCUCUUGUUGUCUUUCUCUAUUUCUUUUUUUUUCUUCUCCCCACAGUGUAACACAGACACAGGGCUCCUGUAGGAGCAGCAGCUUUCCCUGCUUGCAUUCUCUCCAUGGAAAGCAAGACGACAAACACAACCGGCCACAAACCCCCACCAAAGCACGCUGCCUUUCUUUCUCCACGUAAGGACAAUGCUUCGCACUCACAGCACCCGGCACACACA